UAUUAAUUUCUAUAAUAUCCAAGUGCAAACCACUAUAGCAAGAUUAAGAGAACCUUAUCAUUAGGAAUAUUAUCUGAAUAAUCUUCAUGAUGGAAAAUAUGUUACUUCUAUAGUUUCGUUGCUUCGCCCAUCAUCGUCCCGAUACACCACCUUUAUCGGCAACAGCUUUCACACAUGUUGAUCGCGCCGACGCGUUCCCGGAACUUUAAUGAAACAGGGCUCCGGGACCAGUCGAAGAUCUGCCGCCAACCUGUUGGUCGAACGAUUCCGGGCGUCGUGACGUCUCGCGUCUUUUGGUGUAUUUGUCUCGACAGGAUCACCACAACAAAAAUCUCUUCGGUGCCACAGCGGCAGAUUGAUCGACGGUCCAGUUCUGCGUCGGGGAUCUAAGUUGAGUAAAUUCUGGAGUCGAGGCAGACGCAUCCUCACAGAGGAUUGAUGAAGGGUAGACACCAGUUUCGCAGGCGGUUCAGCUUGCAGCCUUCGUUUCUGAAAGAGGAAUCCGAAGAUGAUACGAGGAACCAUUCGGCUUCUAGAGUUCUCAGGUCGCAAAAGAGCGAGGACGUCGAAUCGCUGGAAAAAGAAGUCGUGGCGCCGGCCGCGGGCAACGUACGUCACAAAAUAGUGGUGAUGGGAGCCGCUAAAGUGGGGAAGUCCUCAAUUAUUUCGCAAUUCCUCUACGGGUCCUUCUCGCCAAAAUACAAGCGGACGGUAGAAGAAAUGCAUCACGGGGAUUUCAAUGUUGCUGGGGUGCACUUAACGUUGGAUAUAUUGGAUACAUCCGGUUCGUUCGAGUUUCCUGCCAUGCGAGCCCUAUCCAUAUCUUCGGCUGACGCAUUCGUCUUGGUCUAUGACGUCACCGACGCCACUACAUUUGAGGAAGCGCGCUCGCUACGGGACCAAAUUCACGAAACUAAGUGCUCCACGAACGUCCCCAUAGUUGUGGUAGGCAACAAAAUCGACUUGACCGGCGAUCGAGAGGUUGACACAGCAACGACGGAGUCGGUUGUAACCGUCGAUUGGGAAAACGGAUUCGUCGAAACUUCCGCCAAAGAGAACGUCAACGUCAGCAAGGUGUUCAAAGAGCUUCUCGCUCAAGCCAAGGUCAAAUAUAAUUUGAGUCCGGCCCUGCGUCGACGACGGAGACAGUCGUUGCCUACAGGUCCCACUGGCCACGGUACGACCUCACACGCUCCCUCCUCUGCGAUGAUCCCUUCUGCGGUCCAACUGCAGCACUUGCAGCAGAUACGUGAUAAACACGGCAAACGCAACUCGUGUAUCAUCUCCUAAGAU